AUGUUCAACAACUCAAACUAUCCCUUCAACUGUUUCAACUACGAUGGCGACGGAUACCCUUCCUCCAGCACGGACGAAGAGAAGAAGAUGUGCAGACCUGCGUACAGUGUGUGUGUGUGUGUGUGUGUGUGUGACAGCUACAUCGCUCUGAUAGCCAUGGCCAUCCAGCAGAGCCCCGAGCAGCGGGUCACUCUGUCGGGCAUCUACGAGUUCAUCAUGAAGAGAUUCCCUUACUACCGCUCCAACCAGAGAGCCUGGCAGAACUCCAUCAGACACAACCUGUCCCUCAACAGCUGCUUCAUCAAGGUUCCCCGGACAGAGGGCAACGAGAAAGGAAAGGGAAACUAUUGGACGUUUGCCACCGGCUGUGAAUCCAUGCUCGACCUGUUUGAAAACGGCAACUUUCGGCGUCGCCGGCGCAGGAGGAACAUGAAAAUCGGCUUCCGAGAUUCAGGAGAAACCCCUUUCCACCCUUUGGAGAGCCACAGCAAUCAGCACGUACCCGCAGCUCGGCGCCCGGAACCCGAUUCCCCCCUCUGCCCUUUGAACCCUGAGAGACCGAGGCCGGGCCCCCAGCAGCAGAGCCACCUCAUCCCGAACCCCAGCCAGCAGGGGAAACCAGAGUCCGAGAUCAAGUUCAGCAUUGACUACAUCCUCUCCACUCCCGAUCCGCCGCUGCACGGGUUCAGAUCCUCCCACGGCCCCGUGGACAUAGGGCCCACCGGGCCGCCCAUACACGUCCUGGAGCCCCAACAUCUGAACCUGCACUUCUGGACUCUGUGA